CCAUAUAUAGCAGUUGCUAGCAGACUCGUGACUCACUAUUACUGGUUAGAUCUUUGGAAAUUGACAGGUUGCUCCCCCGGAACCGAACCGAAUCGAAAUUUUGUUAGUGAAUAUUAUUUUGUAUAUUUUAGUGCAGUAUUUUGGAUACGACAAAGUGAUUAAUCUCAUUGUUGCAGAUCUUAUCAGAGCAGUGGUAACUUUAAAAGAUAAUUCAACUUACAAAUUUUCUAUCAAAUAUAGAAAGCUGUUUGCUCUCAUCUCCUGCUGCUACUGUCUAGCGGUAUAUACAACGAGCUUUGUACACUGGUUCAGUGUUUUUUUUCUCUCUCCUGUAUUACUAACCUCAUUUCUCUGUAAGGAAAACAUGUCUUCGGGAAUUACAGUGUCCCAGGAAGCAAUUGAUAAAUUUCUAGAUAUUAAAUCUCGCAAAAAGACUCGGUAUUGUAUGUUCCAUCUAAGUGAGGAUCACACUACAAUCGUACCAGGUGCGUGUGUUUCAAAACCGGAUAAAUUAGACCUCGGUAUAGAUGCUGUGAAGAAAGAAUGGGAAGAGUUCUGUGCGAAUUUACCGGAAAAGGAUUGCUACUAUAUUAUAUAUGAUCUGAAUUACCAAAAAAAUGGGGGAGCACGAAGAGAUAAAAUACUGUUUGUGUGUUGGUGUCCAGAGAAAGCCCAAAUUCGCUGCAAAAUGAUGUAUAGUUCAACUCGCAGUGCCAUAAAAAAAGCUUUCAGUGGUAUUCAAGUUGAAAUCCAAGCAUGUGACUUAGAUGAUCUAAGCUUCAAUGAGGUACAACAAAAGGUGGAUAAGGCCUGAAUAUUUUUGUUUUCUAUGAAAAUACAUCUUACGUCUUUAUAUAUAUAUGUGUAUAUAUAUAUAUGUGUGUGUGUGUGUAGUGUCUCAACUUGCAUUGUGCUCGUCUGACCAUGGAAAUUUGUUUUACUUUUUUUAAAACGCUAAACGUUUUAGAGAUUUCAUAACUGAAAACUGUUCCAUCUGGCUGUUGUAGACAAUUUUCUGCUCUUCUGCUAUUUUAUAACCACUUCCAGUUAAAUUCUGUUAAGCUAAUGGUUUUUGACAUUAUCUUUCUUCAUAUUUAUGUAUCUGACUAUCACUUUCAGAUGUCUUCUUUUUUUUAAUUUUGGCAGCUCUAUGCCUUUCUAAGAAUAAACAAAUACUGCUUAUAUAUAUAUUUAUAUAUAUAUAUAAUAAAAAUCAAAUACUUAAAAUUCUAUUUGCAAACUUCUUUUUAUAUGUAAAGCUUUGUUUUGUGAUUAAUUAUUAAAGGAACUGUGACUGAUAAAAUGUCAGUAGUAAUGACAGCUUGUACCUUCUAAAGUGUAAUUCAUAUCAUAUUGGUGAGUUUUUGAAUUUAUGUGAUAAAGUUUUAAAAAAUUGUA